AUGCCCGUCGCUAAACGCGGUCUCGUCGCCCCACAGAACACCUUCCUAGAGAACGUCAUCAGACGAUGCAAUAAUGCAGACACGUCAUUCAUUCUCGCCAAUGCACAAGUGGUCGACUAUCCGAUUGUCUACUGUAAUGACGGUUUCUCAAAACUUGUUGGCUAUUCACGGGCGGAAAUCAUGCAAAAGCCUUGCUCAUUGGCAUUUUUGCACGGCGAACAUGGUGAAGCAUCGAAUUUCGUUCGGAUUCAAGAAGCCCUCGACAAUGGUCGAACUGAUCAGGCCGAAAUCGGGCUCUGUAAAAAGAACAAGACGCCCAUCUGGCUGCUGGUACAUUUGGCCCCAAUCAAAAAUGACAAAGACUCGGUGGUUCUAUAUCUUUGCCAAUUCAAAGAUAUCACUCCUCUCAAACAACCGUUGGACGACGAGAAUAACAAAGGUAUGUGA